CAGCAAGGGAAACACUGCAUCCUGGAUGUAUCAGCCAACGCUGUGCGCAGACUACAAGCAGCUCAGCUUCAUCCCAUCGCCAUCUUUGUCCGGCCCAAAUCACUGGAGAAUGUCCUAGAGAUCAACACUCGCCUGACGGAGGAACAGGCCAGGAAAGGAAUGGACCGAGCCCUCAAACUAGAACAAGACUUCAUAGAGUGUUUCUCGGCUGUCGUGGAAGGGGACAGCUUUGAAGAGGUCUAUCACAAAGUAAAGACAGUGAUCGAGGAGCAAUCAGGGCCUUACAUCUGGAUCCCCACCCGGGAGAGGCUGUGAUGCUGCACCCGCCCCAAACCACCCCCCUUUUCUCACAACCACCGACCGACAACCACCCUUCACCCCUCACGGCCAAGCCAGCCUCGCCUGCCUGUCUGUCCUCCAGCAAAGUCAGUGCUUAGGCAAUCACUGAGAAUGACACAGAGAGACAUACUACGACAAACACAGGAAGUGACACAGUGAGGCAAAGAACGAUACCAAAAAAGAGACUCUGAGACAGAUGUGAACACAGCGGUGUGUAAUUAGACUGAAAGAGACUUGAGAGAAAAGACUUAAUCAGUAUUCCACUUUAAUGAGGCAGGACUGAGCACUGAGGUCCCGUUCACACACAGCAUUAAAAUGCAUCUUGGCGACAAGUGGACAGCUCUAAAUACAGCUGCGACUGCACCCAAAACUGGGCACGCAAAUGUCCUGAACACAGUUGAUUUAGCGCUGCCAAACAACUUAGUGUGUGAUGUGUGUUUUCUCUGUUUAGAUGAAGUUAAAUGUGAAGCGAAAUCCGUUCAAGAGUGAUUACUGGAGAGAUUUUAGAUGCAUUCUGAUGCCAGGUGUGAACCGCAGUCCAUCUGGAGCUCAACACAGUCUGGAUAUAUCUGGACACAAGACAUUAGGGCUUGAAAAGAGAGUAGAGGGUGACCCAGCAGGGAUGGAAACCCGAGGUAGUAUUUAGACCACCUCACCCUCCAAACCAGUCUCGAGUCUCACGCCCCAUUUUAACACCUCGGCGUGCCUAUGUCUGAGGUGGAGGUGCCCGAAAAGACUCUGGCCCCUCUUUUUAUAUCACCUCCUGGCUUUCUCUCCUCCUCCUCCUCCUGUCAGCUCUGCCUUGUUUCAGGACAGGAAAGGGGGAGACUGAGAACGGGGCGCCCAGAUCCUGCUGAGUCCCUCUUGACGAGGAGUCUUUUCUCGGCAAAGAGUCCCUCCUUUUUUCUUGUGAAUCUCUUGGUUCUGAGCGUAAACUCAGAAAAACACCUCAGUGGCCAAGACUGACAUUUGCUCAAUCACCCAUGUGAGGCAUUAUUUAAAGGCAGUUCAAGUAAUUAUAAUGAUAAAAACUCAUAUGCUGAAUUUGUGCAUGCAUCCUCAAAGACAAUGGAGACAGGAGACGAAAACAAUGGAAAAUCAGACUUUAAAAAAAAGAAGAAAAUAUGAUAAAAAGUUAGGUAGAGUGUGUUCUCCUUCUCCACCUCCUUAUCGUGGAGGAGUUUUUAAGCAUGUCUCAUGAAAGAAGAAGAGAAGAGAGACACGGUCAUGAGAUAUGGUCAUGAGAGGCCGAACCUGAGCGCAAGUAGACGCUGUGAUCUACAGUUUAGCCUCUGCUCUCUUACGCACACACACUCACGCACCCACCCACACACAAACACACCCACACACUCUCACACACGCACACACACACAUGUAGAGUCGUAACCUCAGCUGUAACCUAGCACACUCCUCUACAGGGCGACUGGCUGUUCUGACCUGCUAGUCAGAAUCCAGGAUGAAUGUUAUCUCUCUAGGCACAAACAGCCGAGCUGUUAGCUUCAUCGCACCACAGCCGACUCACCGAUCACUCUUCCAAAAAGAAACCCCCCUCAGCCGCAGACGUACACACUGUUUCCAGUGGCCGCAGUAAAAGCCAUGGCGUGUGUGUGUGUGUGUGUGUCUGUGUGUGCUUGCAUGUAUGUGCGCGUGGGUCUCUGUGUGUGUGUGCGCAUACGUGCACAUCCAUGUGUGGAAACUCCGCUGUGUGGGAGGAAUGGGUCUUCUUUUAUUCUCUCUCUUCCACUUUUUCUCUGCUUCUUUCUCCCUCUUGUGUCCACACAAAUUAAAGCUAAGUUUAACAAAUAA